UGGAACGUGCGCAAAUCUACGGCCGGGGUAGCAAGUUUCGGAUUGGGACUCGAACAAACAGUCCAGCGACACAUUGGUCUGUUGGCGCUGCCAUCUCAUGGCGUGCUUUCGGCUCCCGACGUUGGGUAUCUUCCCCCUCCGCGUCUCCGCCUCCUCUCGGCGCCUCGCCCGUCGAAGAAUUCGGUCUCUGCUGAAACUGUCGAGUUGCAAUGCGAGGCGUUUCGGCUCGGUGGCGGCUUCUACGGUCCAAAGAUUCGAUUGGGACGACGUCGUUCGCAUUGCCGAGGAGGUCCAGGAAGACGACGACCCUUCUGAUCUCCGUGGGUAUUUCGAGAAAGUUCGCCACUGCAACCGUGGAUCUGAAUUGAAAUCAGAGUUCGUUCCCUUUCUUGUCGAGGAUCAGAUUGUUGGUUACAUACAUAAUGGGUUUCUGGGCUUCUUACUUAGCCUUCAAACAUGUACUAGGUUUCUGGGCCACCUAAGACAGUUCAAGGAGGUUUUUACAGUUGGUUUGCACAAUAAUGAUUGUCAUGAUGAAAGCCAUGUUAAAUUUCAUUCUUCACUUAUAACACCAGAGGAGAGAACGAGAGCUGUUGGAGAUGCGAUCAAAUGCUUGGGAGAAUUGAUUCCAGGUACUCGGAAUGAGCUAUACCCUGUGACAUCAUCAUAUGGGAUGCCUGUAUUUUUCUCUCUAGAACGUGCCGCUGCUCCUUAUUUUGGCAUAAAGGCCUAUGGUGUUCACAUGAAUGGAUAUGUGGAGAUGGAUGGACAAAAGUUCCUCUGGAUUGGGAAGAGAAGUGUUUUUAAGCCAACUUAUCCAGGGAUGCUUGAUCAUCUUGUCGCUGGGGGCCUGCCAUACGGAAUCAGCUGCAAAGAAAACCUUCUGAAGGAAUGUGAAGAGGAAGCAGGAAUUCCAAGAUCUGUGUCCAAUAUUGCCACAUCCGUUGGUGCUGUAUCAUACAUGGACAUUGAUGGAUGUAGAUACAAAAGGGAUGUUCUCUUCUGUUAUGACUUAAAGCUUCCUGUUGAAUUCACUCCAAAAAACGAAGAUGGAGAGGUAGACAGCUUCAGAUUAGUUCCAGUGAGUCAUGUUGCAAAUGUAAUUCGGAGGACAGAGUUCUUCAAGCCAAAUUGUUCCCUUGUCAUUAUUGAUUUCUUGUUUCGUCAUGGGUUUAUAAGUCCCGACAAUCAAGGUUAUUUAAAGCUGCUACAGAGCUUACGCAGUGGUGAUUGCUCAUAAACACUCUUCUUCAGAGAUUAACGAGUGGUGAUUGUUCCAUUAAAGGGUUCAGCAACGAUACAACUGCAUUAAGUAUCCGUGCUGUCACGACUUGUGAUUAGAAUGAUAACUGCUGCAGAAUGACUUUUGCAGAAUAAAUCUUGAGGUUCCGGUUGAUUAUAUAUGAAAUCCAACACUCGGUAGUAUUGAUCAUUCUGUUUUAGACAAUGGGAUGACAUUAGUUUGAAAUGCUAUUUGUAUGAUACUUUCUUUUUAAGUAGGUGAUUUCAAGUGCCUUCAAUUUGUACAACAAAGCUACUGUUGGCAUUAGCAGUGGUCAAUAAAAGGUACGCCUAUUUAGGUUAA